AACCCUCCCCAGAAAAUAAGCACCUGCCCCCACCGGGGAGCCGUCUCCUUCUCAGGCGGCGGCGGCGCGUGCCGUCCUAAACUCCCCGGCAACAGGCUCUCGGGCGGGCCAUGGCGGCGGCCGCGCGGGGACGGCGGUGCCGGGGGGCGGUGCUGCUGCUGCUCCUCCCGUCGGUCCUCGCGCCCCUCGUGCUCUACGGCUACUCCCCCAUCUCGCCCCUCCCGGACUCCACCUUGGCGAGGGUCGCGUUCGAUCGGGAGGAUGGGUCCAAUAUGGUGUGGCCGCACAUGGCCGCGUCCGAGGUUUCUCUAGCCAAAGAUCUGACAAUUGAGAGGCUAGGGGAGCACAAGAACAGGGUGCUGUCAGCAACUGACGACUGGCAAGCAGUCCAGGCAGCAAGGAGUCGUUCAUCUGAAAACUCUGAUGCAAGUGUACAAUUGAAGGUUCCUGUCACGAGGGAUGCUGAUGACAUGAUUGCUGAGGAGACUGGCAGUGCUCAGUCAGGACAAGAGGGCAGGAUAAAGGAAGUUGUCAUCAGCCAGAGAAAUGCAGAUGGAUUUGGUGAUCCAGGAAAUGCCAAGGAAGCUGAAGAGCAGGAUGGACAAGCAACUGAGGUAGAGCACAGAGAUGGAUCUGAUGCAUCUACGGAGAAUAACGUUGCUGGAAUAAAUACUACUGUGAGAUCAUUUUUAAAGGACAGCACUGCUGAUAUCUUAUCCAAUGGAACUACACAUGCUACCCCAAAAGAAUCUUACACAAGGGCCACUGAUAUAAAUGCUGAUCUUCCCACAACUAGUAGUGCCGGCCAUUCCAAAACUUCCCCAGAUGCUAAAAUCCGUAUCAUCAGGGACCAGUUAAUAAGAGCAAAGACAUAUCUUGGCUUUGUAGCUUCUAGAGGCAAUCAUGGUUUUGCCAAGGAGCUUCGUGCACGAAUGAGGGAUAUCCAACGAGCACUUGGUGAUGCAACCAAUGAUGGGCUGCUUCCUCAUAAUGUCCAUAGCAAAAUAAAAGCAAUGGAGCAGACACUGGGGAAGAUCAAGAGAAGUCAUGAUAGUUGCUCUGGUGCUGUGAACAGACUCCGUACAGCCCUUCACUCGAUGGAGGAGCGGCUUCAAUCUCACAAAAAUGAAGCCAACUAUCUAGCUCAAAUAGCAGCAAAAUCCUUACCCAAAGGACUACAUUGUCUCCCGUUGCGUCUUACAAAUGAGUAUUAUUCCACCAACUCCAACAAUAAGGACUUUUCAAAUACAGAAAAGUUGGAAGACCCCAAACUCCAUCAUUAUGCAGUGUUCUCAGAUAAUGUAUUGGCUACCGCAGUGGUUGUGAACUCCACUCUUGUUCAUGCUAAGAAACCAGCAAACCAUGUCUUCCACAUUGUGACGGAUAGGCUUAACUAUGCUGCAAUGAAGAUGUGGUUCUUGGCUAAUCCCCUGCGCAAAGCUGCUGUCCAGGUUCAGAAUAUUCAAGAGUUUACAUGGCUAAAUUCAAGCUAUAGUCCAGUUCUGAAGCAGUUAGGAUCCCGGUCUACAAUUGAUUACUACUUCAGGAGUGGGACGGCUAGACCUGACGAAAAUGCCAAAUUUCGGAACCCAAAGUAUCUUUCAAUUCUAAAUCAUCUGAGGUUCUAUCUCCCUGAGAUAUUCCCAAAGCUUAAUAAGGUCUUAUUUCUUGAUGAUGAUACGGUAGUGCAGCAGGACCUAAGUGCACUUUGGUCGAUAGAUCUCAAAGGCAAGGUGAACGGUGCUGUUGAGACCUGUGGAGAGACCUUCCAUAGGUUUGAUAAAUAUCUCAACUUCUCCAAUCCUAUUAUUGCCAACAAUUUUCAUCCUCGAGCUUGUGGUUGGGCAUACGGCAUGAAUAUGUUUGAUUUGUCCGAAUGGAGAAAGCAAAACAUCACUGAUGUGUAUCACACCUGGCAGAAACUGAACGAAGAUAGGCUAUUGUGGAAGCUAGGCACCCUUCCUGCUGGUCUUGUAACAUUUUGGAACCGCACAUUCCCCCUUGAUAGCUCGUGGCAUCUUUUGGGACUUGGGUACAAUACAAAUGUGAACGAAAGGGAUAUCAGGCGGGCAUCUGUCAUCCACUACAAUGGAAAUUUGAAACCCUGGCUUGAGAUUGGAUUGUCGAAAUACCGAAAAUAUUGGUCGAGAUAUGUUGAUUUUGAUCAAAUAUUUCUACGGGAGUGCAACUUAAAUCCCUGAGUGGCAAACUCUUUGUGCAUGAUUUUUUUUUCCUUUUAGGUUAAUUCUUUAUGCUCUAGUUUUUAAAAGAUGUCUAGAGCAUCUAUUCUUUUCAAUUGUAAAGGUGCCAGUUGUCUUAGUAGUAGGCAUUAGAACAAGGCGCAUACUCAAAUUAAGAGCCAUGAAGGCUAUAUAUUACAUGUUGUACUAGAUCUUGAUGCGCGCGUUGCCGCGCCCGUCCAUAUGGUUGAUAAAGAUAGGUUUGGGUAUAAA